CAGUUAAAGCUAAAAAAAAAUAAAAAUAAAUAAAUAAAAUAAAAAACAACGAUAAAGACAAAUGACACUUUUUAAAGAGAAACCCCCAGGUGGUCUCUGUUUUGAUUAGUACAGUCUUCUUUGAGGGGGGGGCGCGCUGUGCAUUUCCUCAACUAGAAACGCACCAGCCAGACAGAAGCAGUCAAUCGCAGAGGCCUCCUCCGCUAUCUCCCCCGUUUGUGUUUAUAUGUGUUUUUUUACCAAUCUUUUUUAAGGGGAAACUGUCAAUCCCAAUCCCAAAGAGCAGGGAUCAAAGAGCAAAAAUAAUGUACGCGUUCAUGCGUUUCUUGGAGGACGACAUGUGCUACGUGUUACCUGUGUCAGACGUGAAAGAUUUCCAGCCUGUGCACAAAAGAGAUUUUGAUGACAAGAAGGUGUAUGUGGUGCUGAGAGGCACAGGCGGGCCUGCCAAAGCACACAUCCUCGCCCUAGCAGAAAGCAUUGAGGAAUUAGAGCACAGUAUUAUGCAAAAGAAGAUGAAAAUAACCAAGAUGUCGAACAGGAACACAGUGGAGAAUCACUUUGUGGAGGAGAGAAUGCCCCUUAGACAUAAAAAGGUGCAGUCACAGGAACAACAGCAGGCUAGUUCCAACUCCUCAAAGAGCCUGGCCGCGGUAGUGGCGCGACUGGAGAGGAAUGCUGUUAACUCAUGCAUGGAGGGAGAUGAGCUGGACAGACUCACAACAGAGGAAGAGGAAGAGCAGGGCGAAGCCGUGGUGCCUCGCGUGCUGUACGAGGAGCUGGUGCAUAGCUACAGGCAGCAGGAAGAGGAAAUGAGACGGCUGCAACAGGAACUGGAGCGCACGCGCAGGCAGCUGCUGCAGCAAGCCAAGAAGCUUAAGGAGUAUGGGAGUCUGCUGACCGAAGUCAAGGAGCUGCGUGACUUCAAUCGACGCCUGCAGGACGUCCUGCUCAUGAGGCUUGGCAGCGAGCCGAUGCAUGAUAAUGGCACACAGACAAUCAAAGCAGAGGUGGUGGAGCCAAUCAGUGAGCCACAGGAGGUGUGUCAAGAGGAAGCCAAUACUAGCUCCACUCACUCCCUUUCCCCGAGGACCGUCUACACGUUCAGUGAUGGCAAAGUGCACUUGGGCGGAGGGAUUUGGGUAGAGGAGGAGAAGUGGCACCAGCUACAGCGGACACAGGGAGACUCGAAAUUCACCAAAAACCUUGCGGUAAUGAUCUGGGGGACGGAAACCCUUAAGAACCGCAGCGUCACUGGCGUCGCUACAAAGAAAAAGAAAGACGCUCUACCAAAACCACCACUUUCACCAAGCAAGCUCAAAAUUGUCAGAGAGUGUCUGUAUGACCGUGUGUCUCAAGAAACGGCAGACAGCGCGGAGAUCACCCAGCGAUUAUCCAAAGUGAACAAAUACAUCUGCGAAAAGAUCAUGGAUAUCAACAAAUCCAUCAAAAACGAGGAACGGCGAGAAUCCAAGCUUCUCAUCCAACAGACGGUGAAGAUGGAGAACUUCCCUUACGACAGUCUGUAGGGGGGUGCUUAAGUUGUCACCAUAGCUCAUUCUAUUCCUCAAGGACUUCUGGUGGAGAAGGUGCACAUAAUCACCGGCACUGCCAAUUGAGAUUCUCACUGAUGCCCUCCCAAGACCUUUCUGUCUUUUACUCUCGUAGACCUUGUUUUACAGUCUGUUUGACAGUUUUACCUCUUCCCACACUGCCUAGCAUGCUAGUGUGCAUUCUGUGAGUGAAUGGGGAUGGGUGGGGCAUGGUUUUAUAAGCCUUGAUUGGGGAAUUCGGGGUGGGUUGGAUAUCACGCAUGUUAGACAGGAGCGAUCCUUUAAAUCUUGUUCGAGAAAAAUGUGUUUGGCACAUCAGCUUGCGUUCUGUGUCAGAACAUGUCCUUAAAUGUACUAAAGAGAGUCUUCUUAUUUCAGGAGGAUGUUUGGGAGGUGUCAUAAAUGCUGGCUUAGACUUGCAGUCUAAGAGGGGGUAGGUCACUUCGUAGGGACCAUCUGCUAAAGGUACUUAAUGUAGAGAGUUGCAAUGAUGCACUUUUAAACAGGGUCAGGCCUUGCAUUUUCUCAACGAAUGAUUGAUCCAAUUAAUCAAUCUAGGCCCAAAAUGGCUGCUGUUAAUUGCUUUCCUGUGAUGACUACUGAUGCCUCGUUCUUGAUGGUUGUUAGGGCUACAGAGGUUGCAUGUAGUCAAUGGUGCUAAACAGUUGUCCUCAAAGACAGAUUAGCAGCAUUUUCUUGAUCAACCACAAACUGGCAAAGAGAUCACAUUUAAAAGUUAAAUUUAGAUGUUCCUAGAUUUAAUUAGUGAACCUAUGGUGUUCCCUUUUGCUCAUUUUUCUUGAGGUAAGAUGAUGCCUUCAAGUCCUGCUGGUGUUCAGAAGUUGUAAUUACGAUGAGACGUACGUUCAGGUUAUUUCAAUUGGAACAAAAUCGAUGUGUUUGGCAAAAGUUGGAGCUCAAAGGAAAUCCUUAGUUUUCCACUGGUUAUUCCGAUAUUGUUGAGGCAUUCAUGUGUGCACAUCUUAUAAAUACAAUCAUUCCAACAUGACUUGGAAGACAGCAAUAGGCAUAGAGAGUUGAGUACUUUAUUGACAUAUGUACCAGGCCUUGUCCCAAAUGGAGCAGUUGAUGUGAACUUGCAUUUGCAUUUACAUAUAUGCAUUUGGCAGACAUUUUUAUCCAAAGUGACUUACAGUACACACAAGGUAUAAUUUGUGUUCUCUGGGAAUCGAACCGUGACCCUGGUGUUGCUAGCGCCAUGUCCUACCAGUUGAGCUAUAGGAAACUACAAGAAAAUUGCAGUCUUGCAGAUUUGCGAUGGUGUCAUUUCUCUGUUUGUGAGUCCGCAAGACUGUAUUGUGUCGUUUUAUGAUUAUAAAGGAUGCUUACAGGUAUUUUGCACCCUCCAUGCUCCAUUUUGCAGAGUUUGCAGCAAUACGUACUGCAUAGAGGACUAAUAUUUAACAGUUUAUGCGACAUAACGUCACCAAAAUGUUGAAUCAGAGGAAGACUGCAAGGGUUUAGGAUGGCAUUUGGGACAGGGCCCAAGUACAGUUUUUAUGCUUGUGCUUCUAUCUUGUUGUGUACAAAAGCAGCAGAGAGCGUGCAAUACAUAUAGCGUAAAGUAUAAAAUAAGUACUUGGAAAAAAAGGAACGCAUCCAAUUUGACUUUGAACUUGAUGAACUAGCCAUGGAAAAGGAGUUAUUGUAUUAUCAGGUCUAUGGAGAUGGUGACCACCUAAGACCCUUUACUAGCUGCAAAUUGCACUUGGGACUGAGGGUAAGUGGAAAUCAGAGCUAGGCUGCAGGGCCUUUUUCCAGCUGGCAAUCAUUGGGAACUGUGUUCUCCAUUUUAUAGCAAGCUGUGAUUGUAAUAUUAGCUGAUAUUGCUUUAACUGCACUUUGCCGUGUGAGUGUGGUGAGAUGCCAGGCGCCAUGUGUGGACAUGAGGUAAAACUGUCAGCAGCGCUCUGUGUUGCACACAUUAACCUCUUCCUCCAGGCCAGACAAAACCACAGGGUCUCUUCUCAAGCCCACCUGUAGAGGACGCACUCAUUAAGGGAGGAAAUAAGAUAUCAAGACAACUUACAUUGAGCCAUGCCAUCCACACUUUAGUACUUUGUCUCCCCUUAGUGUACCAUUUAUUUUUUAUUUCUUUCCAUACUGUUUGUGUGGCAUGUCGGUGUAACAAAAAAAGAUAAAGCUGGCUCCUGCAGAUUUGGGUUCUUGACUGUGAUGCCAUAUCGCUAACUGUGAAUUAACCACAGACCUGCCAAGCAAGCCUCCCUCUCUCGUUUCUGUUUGUUUUUUUUGUUGUUUUUUGGUUGGGUUAUUUUCUCAUAUUUCUUUUUUUAUCAAGUAGGUUUACCAGUAGGGAGAAAAGUUCAGUGUAUAUUUGGAAUAUAUUCUCAUGUUUUGGACAUUUCAUCAUUUGUAGCCAGGCUGCACCUUAUCUCACUAAGCUCCUGGUUCAAAGAGUCAGAUAAUGUUGUCAUUUAUCUUUACUGGUUCAUAUGUAGUUUUAAUAAUUUCAUCUUUUACAGAGUAUAAGUGACAUUUUGCUAUUAACGUAGAUCCUGGGUACUAAAUGUUUUUAAAGAAUGCAGGGCUCUUCACAAAUGCAUCAUAUUUAAUGACAUAAACCCAUAUCUAAAAUUUAAACUAUCAUUAAUUUUAACUGCAGGUAUUUCACCUCAUUGUGAGUAAUUUGUUACAGACAUAAUAUCUAAUUUUAUUUGGAGUCAUUUCUGUCAUCAUCUACCUUUCAGUUCUGAGGCAGUCAUUGUCCAUUUUAAACACCAUAGCACUUUAAUCCUAAGAUUUUUUUUUUUAUUAUAAAAAUUAGUCAGUGUUGACUUCAUUGGUGUGAUUUAAAAGGGAUCGUUCACCCAAAACUGAAUAUUCUGUCAUUAUUUACUCACCCUCAUGUUUUUCCAAAGCCAUAUGACUGUAUCUAUCUGUUGAACACAAAUGGAGGUGUUAGGUAAAAUGUUAUCCUCAGUCACUGCUCACUUUCAGUGUAUCUCUUUUCCAUGUAAUAAAAAUGUAUGCUGAUGUAAUUUCUGCUGCACUAGUGCCACCGAACGGAAAUGCAAAAAUUGAUGUUUUCAAAACAGCUUUCCAAAUACGCACCUCGUCUGCUGUUGUUCGAACCGUCAGAUAGUUCCGCCCCCAACUCACGCCACUGGUUAAGUAACGUUGUUGGGGCGUGUCUAAGUGGGUCACACUAAACAAACACAGGAAUUUUAUAGUAUCACAGAGACGAGCAUUUACAGUUUUCGAGAAAAUAAACCUCUGAAUGACUUGCUUGUAGUUGUCUUUGCAUAUUAAGCUGGGAUAGAAGGGAGUAUUUAACACUGAAAAAGUUACAUACAUUCACUUUACUUGUGAAUGAUGCUAACAUUCUUCCUAACAUCUUUUGAGUUCCACAUAAGAAAGUCAUCCAUGUUUGAAACAACAAGGCGGUGAGUAAAUAAUGACAUAAUUUUCAUUUUGGGGUGAAAUAUCCUUUUAACCAAGCCAUUUUAAACAACCAUUCAAACAGCAACAUUUAACAAUGCUUGUGGGGGAAAAAAGGUAAUGGGAAAAUUUCUCCAAAAUCAGCCAAUGGUUACUGCACCUGCAUAUUUUCAGACCUUUGUCUUUGCAAAAACAUAAAUCAGUAAUCUGUUUUCUGCUGCUCAACAGCAGUUUAGCAGCCAUUUAUUUCCAAUUCUCUUGAGCCUGUGAAAGAUAUUCCUUUUCUUUCUUACUUUCCGCAAUGUACCUCCAAUAUGUCAAGGUAAUUACACGAGAGGACAGAUUGUAAUAAGGUUCUUGUGUUCCAUUGAAUGUCUUUCUCUUUUUCAUUUUUUUUUCUGUAGAUAUUUCCUGUAUUGUGUGAUAUGUAUUGCCACACUUACUGAAUAUUUGAUGUUCCAUAAUGAGCGUACGUACUGUGUGCGGGUAUUCUGGAAAAUGACAGCUUUAGGUGAUAAUGUUUGGUGAUCAUUCAACUUCGGCAAACAUUAUCACCAGUCCAUGUGGUCAUACUUUUGUGAUGAGACUUGCCAGUGAAAUCGCCUUGAAAAAAGACUAAAGUGUUUUGUGUUGCUCUUUGCUUUACUCGCAGCCGCGCAGAGACUGAAUUCGGGCACAGCAGCAUUCAGAUUCGUGUAAAAUUAAUAAUUGAAAGUCUCUUCAGCGAUGAGAUCCAACCAUUGAGUCCCAUCAGAGAAAAUCAGACUCUUAAAUACAAUCAUGUACAGUAUUUAUAGGCUAAAAGGCUACAAAUGUGAUCCAAUAGCAUCUCAGAGGGUGUGUUUCUCUCAUCUGGGAGACCUAAUCUGUUUUGCAGGCUGGUGCCUUUGCUAUUUAGUGGAUGUGUAAUAGGUGGUGCUUAGCUUUGGAGCUGGUCUGUGCCUCUGCAUACAGCAAGAGCGGCACAAAGCGCAUGAGGAAUCAACAUAUCUUCUGAGUUCUUCUUGCCAUGUUGGCCAGGAAAUGUUUUGUCAUGUUGUCAAGAGUUUUCAUCUAAUCUGAAUGUGUUGGUGUUGGGGAUUGUGUUGAAAAUAAGCCAAAGUGGAAUCUCAGCAUGGACAGGUUAUCAGUCUGAUCAAAUGAACUUGCACAAAAAUGGCCCCUGCUAAGGUUUUCCACAGUUAUCUAAGCUAAACAAAAAGAAAGAUACAGGCCAAAUAUAUUUUUGUUGACCAUGUCUAUCGGUUUUAUAAGGUGUUGCUGUGCUCAGACUUCUGUCUAGAUUUUCAUUGUCUGAUCUGUUUUGUUCUGUUUUAUAUCAAAACAGCAUGACGCUUUAGAUAAUGUUUGUGGAUAUGCUAUAAUUCAGAUUUUUAAAAAGAAAAAAUAAUAUUAUUUUUAUUAUUUUUUUAAUCCUCUGUUUAGCGAUUUUGUUAUUGUUUGAUGCCAAAAAAAAGAAAAAGCGAUAUGGGAAAGCUCUGUGGGGAAAAUUUUGUUUUGCUUUGGCCUGCUUUUCUAACCUACAUGCUUAGAGCGUCAAUCAAAUGCUGAGGACUCGCCCACAUGCCACAGCAAUUCCGAAAACUGCCCAGUACUCCACUAUAGCAAGAAUUGCAACUUCCUGUUGCUACCCCUCAAGUGGGUUUCACUUUAUUUCACACAUUCACCACUUCCCACUCAGAGCCAUUCUUAUUUAUCAAACAAUAUUCUCAGCUCUACUAGUGAAAGUGAAAAUUUUUAUAUUUGAUAAAACACAAGUGCAGGUUACAGUCCAAAAACAAGCAUGUAGUGUCACAGUCCUACCUCAUUGCUGCUUAUCGUCUGUCUAGGUAUGUGCUGUACUCUUAUAUUUCCAUAGCUUGUUCACAUUCAGAGGUUUUUAUCAGUCUAUAUGGCGUAGAAUCGUUUUUGGUGUCGUACUUUACUCUUAAAACAACUAUGUUCAUGUUUCUGUAUUCUGCCAGUGUCGGAUGUGCAGUAGAAUUUGUAUCCCUUUAAUGGUGCUACCAGCAGGCAUGGGUUGUCUAAUCUGUGUUACCACAGAUGGUGCUAAUUUUUCUACUGUUUUGGAGCUCGUCCAGCUUUGCAUGAAUAAAACCGGUUAUCUACAGUAUGUUAAUUUUAUAGCAACAGGAGCUUUUGAAUAAAAAUAAAGCAUACAUAUGAUAAAAUCUUACAAAUUACAUCCAGCAUGUUGUAAAAUUUGGUUACAGAUUUCAAAUAAAUAAUAUACCUCUAACCAAUUACCUCAGUCUUAUAGAUUACUCUUUUAAAUUAAAUAUUAUUAAUCGGUGCAUGCAGAAUCUAUCUGUGGCCAUAACCUUUUUUAUCAUACAAUACAAACCUAAUGAUGGGGUAAGAAUCCUGAUCAUCCAGGGGUGUCAAACUCAGUUCCUGGAGGGCCGCUUCCCUGCAGAGUUUAGUUCCAGCCCUGCUCCAAAAUGCCUCCUCGUAAUCUUCAAAUACUCCUGAAGACCUUGAUUAGCUGCUUUAGGUGUGUUUAAUUAGGGUUGGAGCUAAAUUCUGCUGGACUGUGGCCCUCCAGGAACCGAGUUUGACACCCCUCUAAACUAUCUACUUAAAUAUUACUGGGCAGUUGACUCUCACAGCAAUGGGGUCCUCAGCAGUAAUGUAUUUAAUCCCACUGUAUUUGCUGCAGAAUUACAGUGCAACUAUGGUAAUUGUCUUACAUAUGUAUGGUGGUGGAAUUUAUAUAGUGCAGUACACAAACUGUAAAGAGUUUUCUUAACUUACCAAAGUGGAUCCCUCCCAAAGAAAGUGUUUUUUUUUUUAUUUAUUUUUUUUUAUUUUUUUUACAUUUAUAAAUGAGUUGGAAGACAAAGUCUCUGAUUUGCAUUUCAGUUGGUCUCAUAGCUACUCAGAAAUACGGGUGUGUUGAGUGAUGAGUGCUCAGCAGAACGUGAAUUUAUUCGUCCACAAAAAUACAGUCAGUUUCAUGUUUUUGUAACAUUAUUAUUAUAUAUAUAUAUAUUUUAAUUACAGUUGAUUCAGUAAGAAUGGGUAAUGGGCAAAUUAUGUGAUUUUGUUAAUGUACACUUUCCAUGUGUACGUUUUAAAGAUUCAGUGUCAUAUCUGAAGAUAUGAAGCAGAUGUGUCAUGCGCUUCGUGAACUGACCUCAAGACCAUACAAUGAGUUAGGAAUUGUUCAUAUUGCAUUUAAAUCUCAAAUUUUUUGCUUUUAAUUUCACGUUUUAUGUCUUUCGUGUCUUUAUCAUCUCCUUCGUUCUUGCUGCUGAGUAAAUAUCUAAAAAUCUGUGUGUGUUUGUGUAUAUAUAUAAUAUAUAUAUAUAUACAUAUAUACAUACACACACACACUCACUGGCCACUUUAUUACAUCUACAUUUAGAUUAUCUACUCAGCCAUUCGUGUGGCAGCAUAUGGGUCAGGAGCUUCAGUUAAUGUUCACAUCAACCAUCAGAAUGGGGAAAAAUGUGAUCUCAGUGAUUUAGACUGUGGCAUGAUUGUUGGUGCCAGACGGGCUGGUUUGAGUAUUUCUGAAACUGCUGAUCUCCAGGGAUUUUCACUUGAAACAGUCUCUAGAGUGUAUAGACAAUGGUGCGAAGAACAACCAAUGAGCGGCAGUUCUGUGGACAAAAGCACCUUGUUGAUGAGAGAGGUCAACAUAGAAUGACCAGAUUGGCUUGAGCUGACAGAAGGGCUACGGUAACUCCGAUAAACCCUCUGUACAACUGUAGUGAGCAGAAUAGCAUCUCAGAAUGCAGUGUCAAACCUUGAUUUGGAUGGGCUACAACAGCAGAAGGCCACAUUGGGUUCCACUUCUGUCAGCCAAGAACAGCUGCUGUAGUCCAUCCGCCUAAAUGUUCAACAUGUACAUUCAGAAAUGCUUUAUACUGCAUUAAAUGUUUUACUGUUGUAACACAUGUUUAUUUGAGUUACUGUCACCUUCCUGUCAGCUUGGACCAGUCUGGCCAUUCUCCUCUGACCUCUGUCAUUAACAAGCUGUUUUUGCCCACAGAACUGCUGCUCGCUUUAUGUUUUUGGCACCAUUCUGAGUAAAUUCUAGAGACUGUUGUGCGUGAAAAUCCCAGGAGAUCAGCAGUUACGGAAAUACUCAAACCAGCCUGUCUGGCACCAACAAUUAUGCCAUGGUCUAUAUCACUGAGAUACAUUUUUUCCCCCAUUCUGAUGGUUGAUGUGAACAUUAACUGAUGCUCCUGACCCAUAUUUGCAUGAUUUUAUACAUUACGUGUGUGUGUGUGUAUGUAUGUAUGUAUAUAUAUAUAUAUAUAUAUAUAUAUAUAUAUAUAUAUAUAUAUAUAAUUUUUUUUUUUUUUUUUUUUUUUUAUCACACAUACAGUAUGUAUUAAUCAAUAUUUUUCAGAAAGAUGAUGAUGGAGAAUGUCAGAUGAAAUAACUGUGAACAUGCUGUCUUUCAGGUCUGCAUUUGUGGGUGGUUGUGGGUAUUUCUUGAUAUGGUAUUCUUUUGUUUAGUAUUGGUUUAAUCAAUGUGUAAGGUGAAUGCGCUUGACCCUGGACUGUUGUCAGCAGGAUGACUUCUUUAAAUACAGUACUUCAUCUGCUAACAAUACUCCUCUGUGUGUUCCGAAUAAGUUAGGUCGGUGUUCUUGUCCACCGAUCAAGUCAAAGUCUGGACUAAAAGGACACUCAGUGGAGAACUGGUAUUCAUACUGUGUUUUUAAGCUGAACAGGGCUUGAUUUCAGCUAAACUCUGCCUCGCUGCACCUUGUUUCUGCCUCCAUGGGGACUCAAACAGAAAAAUCAGACAACGUAAAGAAAAAUCAAAUGUUUUCACAUGAACCAGGUGCCCUCCUCUCAUCUGAGCAGCUGGUUUUGCCAGUUAACAUCAGUUGCGCGUGUGUUAUGUGUGUGCUGCAGUCUGAGUACUCUUGUUCAAUGUACAGAUCAACAGAAUAAAUUCAAACUUUUAUUCUACA